AUGGAACAACAGAGGACUAAUGCAUUCCAAGUGAAAUAUAAUGAAUAUAAGCAAGUGCUAGAGGAGUUACAAUCUAAGAUAAUUGAAUUGGGGCAUGAUAAAGAUGAGCAUGGUAUUGUUUUGGAAACAUUGAGUGGAACAGACCCAGAAAGGAAGUGUUAUAGGAUGAUUGGUGGUGCUCUUGUGGAAAGUGACGUUAAGACCACGAUACCUAUCUUGAAGACUAAACAAGACAAUUUAACCGAAGUUAUUUCUAAGAUGAAGUCAGAAUUAUUGAAGGUUGCUGAAGAGUUUGAAAAAUGGAAGAAAGAUAACAAGAUUCAAGUUGUUACGAAAUAA